AGAGCACAGCGCGACAUCAGAGAACGUAAGGAGUAACCCAGAGGAGCGGGCAGUCGGGCGAGGGAUGCAAGUAAAUCAUCGGCGGCGGCUGUUAAAAAUUGGUUACUGUCACCAUGUUGGGUAAUGGAAUUGUUGGUAUUCUUUCUGAGUCUUCAAACAUAUGGGAGAGGAGAGCUCCACUAACCCCUGCACAUUGUGCUCGGCUUCUGCACGGUGGAAAGGGGAAAAGUGGUGUUAAUAGGAUAAUUGUGCAGCCGAGCACAAGGCGAAUUUAUCACGAUUUUCAGUAUGAGGAUGUUGGGUGUGAAGUAUCAGAUGACUUAUCUGAGUGUGGUCUCAUUUUAGGUGUCAAACAACCAAAGUUAGAGAUGAUUCUUCCAGAUAGAGCUUAUGCCUUUUUCUCCCACACCCAUAAGGCCCAAAAGGAAAACAUGCCUUUGUUAGAUAAGAUUAUCUCUCAACGUGCUACUUUGUAUGACUAUGAGUUGAUAGUGGGGGAUAAUGGUAAACGACUACUUGCCUUUGGAAAGUUUGCUGGUAGAGCUGGAUUAAUUGAUUUCUUACAUGAACUUGGAAAACGAUAUCUAAACCUUGGAUAUUCAACACCUUUUCUAUCUUUGGGAGCUUCUCACACGUAUCCAUCCCUUGCUGCUGCAAAGGCUGCAGUAAUUGCUGUAGGCGAAGAAAUAGCUACGCAGGGAUUACCGCUUGGAGUUUCCCCUAUAGUCUUUGUGUUUGUUGGGGCUGGAAAUGUAUCACAAGGUGCACAGGAGAUAUUUAAGUUACUUCCGCACACCUUCGUGGAUGCAAGCAUGCUCCCAGAAAUUGUUAAACAGGCUGGGGAUCUAGCUCAUCACUCUCCAUUAAGAAAAAGAGAUUUUAAAGUAUAUGGCUGUGUUGUAACAAGUCAGGAUUUUGUUGAACCCAAAGAUCCGACUAAAACUUUUGACAAGGUUGAUUAUUAUGCGCAUCCAGAUCAUUAUAAUCCGGUCUUCCAUGAAAGAAUCGCUCCAUAUGCAUCCAUCAUAGUCAAUUGCAUGUAUUGGGAAAGUAGAUUUCUUCGUUUGCUUACUACAAAGCAAAUACAAGAGCUAGCAAAGAAUGGAUCCCGUCUUGUUGGAGUUUCAGAUAUUACUUGUGAUAUUGGGGGUUCUAUUGAGUUUGUCAACCAAUUGACGACCAUUGAGAAGCCUUUCUUCAGGUAUAAUCCGUUUGAUGAUUCAUACCAUGAUGACAUGGAUGGUGAUGGUUUGAUAUGUCUAGCCAUUGACAUUCUUCCAACUGAGUUCUCAAGGGAGUCUUCCCAGCACUUUGGAGAUAUACUCUCACAAUUCGUUGUUAACUUGGCCUCAGCCAAGAACAUGACAGAGCUUCCACCGCACUUGCAAAGAGCUUGCAUAGCUCAUGGAGGAGUACUUACCUCCUUGUAUGAAUAUAUUCCUCGAAUGAGAAACUCUUUUACGACAGAUUUGAUAAUGGAAACUGGUGAUGGUUCCUCUGGCAAGAGGAAGUACAGUACACUGGUAUCUCUAAGUGGCCAUUUGUUUGAUCAAUUUUUAAUUAAUGAAGCUUUGGACAUUGUUGAAGCUGCUGGUGGAUCUUUUCGCCUGGUUAAAUGCGAAGUUGGUCAAAGCACAGAUCUCAUGUCCUACUCAGAACUUGAAAUCAGUGCUGAUGAUAUAACAAACUUAGAUCAAAUUUGUGCUGCUCUCACAUUGCUUGCAAAUCCAAGUCAUAAAGAUGGAGGUUUCGAUAAAGAUAAAGAACUUUCUUUAAAAGUUAGCAAAUUUAGUGAAAGCAUAGUGAGUGAGAGAAAUGGUUCUAUUAGAAGACCAGCAGUCCUCAUUUUGGGUGCAGGUCGUGUUUGCCAACCAGCAGCUGAACUUUUGGCAUCAGUUGGCAGUCUAGAUUCCAAUUCCUUCAAAAUAUUUGAGGGUGCUGAUGCUCAAGAAGUUAAAGAGUUUGAAGUUGUUGUAGCAUCUCUGUACCUAAAAGAUGCGGAAGAGAUAAUUGAAGGCAUAAGAAAUGCAAGAGCAGUCCAGCUUGAUGUAAUGAAUGAGGAAAGUCUUUCGUUGUGUAUAUCCCAGGUUGAGGUCGUGGUUAGCCUAUUGCCUCCCAGUUUCCAUGGCAUCAUAGCAAAGUCCUGCAUAGAGCACAAGAAGCACCUUGUCACUGCAAGUUAUAUAGACAAUUCUAUGUCAGCAUAUCAUGAGAAGGCCAAACAUGCAGGUGUUACAAUACUUUGUGAAAUGGGACUCGAUCCUGGCAUAGAUCACAUGAUGGCAAUGCAAAUGAUCAACCAAGCACAUGUUAAGAAGGGGAAAAUAAAGUCAUUCACUUCCUACUGUGGUGGAUUGCCAUCUCCAGCUGCUGCAAACAAUCCACUGGCCUACAAGUUCAGACGGUUGGUGUUCCAGCAGCCAUUGGAGCUCUGCUUUUGCUCCAGAACAAGAUUCAAACCAAAGGUUUGAUCAGACCAACUGAACCUGAGGUUUAUGUGCCCGCAUUGCAAAUGUUAGAAGCUUGUGGAAUUAUGCUUCUGGAGAAAAUUGAGACUUUAUGAGCUGGUGUCAGUCUUUCAAUAAGAGCAGGCUGUUCAUAAUUUCUUAAAUAGAGAUUGAAGCAGAUUCAAAGGUAGUUGUAAAUGUGCUUGUGUAUAAAUGAUGGAAUUUACUGAUUCUUGAUGUAUGCAAGCCAAAUGCCCUACUUGUAUUCUACCUUUUUAGAUGUUUUCCCCUCUUUAAUUGUAGCACAAUGACUGGAAACAAACUAAAUUGUCUGCAAAUAAUUGAAGACUGCUAAAAAAACGAUUGAAUCUGCAGUCAAUGAGUAAAGUCUUGCUCAAAUGGAACUUAAAUUGGUUGAAUUUAUGUUGGAUUGAACUGCUGG